AUGAACAACAGCUUCUCCUUUCUCGACACAUCGUCGAACCCCAACAUGCCCCGCUCUGCACCUUCACCAACAUCUUCACAGUCCGGUUCCCAAACGAAUGGUAUGAUCAUGGGUGGCGGAGGGAACGGGAAUGCACCACCGCCACAAACAAACGGAGGAGGCGGAACCAUACCCAUGGUCAACGGGUUACCCAGUGGGGGUCAGCAGACGGAUAUGAAUUAUCUUUGGAGUGUCGUGCAGCAAUUGAGCCAGAUGCUCGAUGAGAACAGAGCACAGACAGCAGGCAUCAUCAAUGGCGUCCAGUCGUUACGGCAGCGUGCUGCUGAGGAUGGGGGCAGUGUUGGAGGAAUGGGCAUCCGUGAAGUGAACGGAGAGCUGGAUGCUGCUUCUCGCGCCGCUGAGAUCACGGACCUUCAAUCGCGCCUUUCGAAUGCCGAGACUACGAUAAACUCUCUCAACUCAACAAAUUCACAACUCGCUUCCCUCUUAACGGACUACGAAAACGCACUUACGCUCCUCCUCGAAAAACUUCGCCCCUACGCAUACACCCAAACGCAAGCCAUCAUAUCCCUUCAUAAACACUACCAGGGUCUAUUAGACACCGAAAGGAACACAAGCAUGCAGAUGAGACUGGAACAUGCCGAAUGGCAAGCAGGCCUGGGAAGAGUGGCCGAGUACGCCAGAGGUGCAUUGAAAGGGCAGGCAGAGAGUGAGAUGGGGUUGAGGAGCGAGAUCAGAGAACUGAAGGAAGAGAAUAGAGUAUUACGGAGAUUAGCUGGCUGGGAGGCCAAGCCAGACAGUGAGAAUGAGGAAGACCAGGAAAAAUCAUGAUACCCGAAAUUGCUGUUUUCUGUAAACGACAGAAUUAUGGACUUGUACGAUAUAGUAAGGUGCAAUUUCCACAAGCAUAGCGAAGGCGUUUGACA